GGUACGCUCACACCACCAGCAGUUGCCGACGAAGAUGCAUCAGGGCCUCUCUCAGGUAGAGCCGCCCAAAACAGAAAUGUGCGCAGCAAAUUAUUCGGAUCUUCUCUGCGAACUGCGUGCUGCAUUCGAAAGCGGACGCACUCUAAGCGAAGAAUUUCGGCGACGAAACUUACAGAGGCUGCUGCAACUUUAUGAAGAGAAUACAAAAGAGAUUUUGGCCGCCCUGAAGGCUGAUCUGGGUAAAAACAGCAAGGAAGCAAACCUCUUGGAACUGGGAUACAUUAAGUCCGAACUGCAGUGCACCCUUUUCAAACUGCACAAGUGGAUGAACCCGCCAAAACCAUACAAAAAUAUCAUGUACUUUUUUGACGACGUUCGACUUAUCAACGAGCCGCUGGGGGUGGUGCUCAUCAUCGGCCCGUACAACUACCCCCUGAAGCUGAUCUCCAUUCCCCUGCACGGUGCAAUUGCGUCUGGAAACUGCGUAGUCCUGAAGCCCUCGCAUCUCACACCACAGACGUCGGCCCUCAUUGCAAGUCUCGUUCCCAAGUACCUUGACCCGGAAUGCUUCAAAGUGGUUUUAGCCGACGCGGCCGGAACGCAAGAGCUGCUCGAGAACAAGUUUGACUACAUUUUCGCGACUUGCUCCAACGAGACAGGGCGGGUCGUUGCCGCGGCCGCUGCCCGCCAAAUGACGCCCUCCUCCAUCCAAAUGGGUGGCAAGUGUCCGGUAUUCCUCGACGAGCAUAUUAAAAACUUUGAUACGGCCGUGAAGAGGAUCGCUUACGCCAAAACGGUCAAUGUUGGCCAAAUGUGCAUGGCGCCUGACUAUAUCCUCUGCACUCCGCGAACUCGAGACAAAUUCGUGACGCACUUUCAAGAAACCAUGCAGCAGUUUUUCACGGAUGACAUGAUGCAAUCGGAGGAUUUGGGAAAGAUAGUCAACAAGGAACACGUUAAGCGGCUGGAGAAAAUGCUGAGUGGCACCAAAGGUCGCGUGGUAUUUGGGGGCGAUGUGGAUGCCGAUCGGCAAUGGGUGUCGCCAACCCUGGUGGUAGACGUGCCGCAGGACGACACCCUGAUGCAGGCGGAGAUUUUCGGGCCAAUCCUUCCCGUGGUGUGCGUGGAGAGUGCCGAGGAGGCAGUACGCUUCAUCAGGGCGAGGGACAAGCCACUGGUCGUCUACCUCUUCAGCGAAACCGCGGCCACGCACGAGCUAUUCCGUCGGAGCACGUACGGCGGUGCACUCAGCAUCAACGAAUGCAUCGUUUACUCGGGCAUUGAAGACUUGCCCUUUGGAGGGGUUGGCGCCAGCGGCAUGGGACCAAAGUACCACGGCCACAGCUCCUACCUCACCUUCACUAAUCAGAAGGGCAUGCAGGCCAAGAAGCUCAACUGGUUCAGCGAGUUAAUGGCUAGACCAAAAUACCCUCGAUGCGAUUCUACGCUCGGCAAAAUGUUGAUUGAUUUUGCCCUGACCCCUAGACGACAAGAUAGGACCCGCCUAUUUAUAUACUCAGGCUUCACCCUCAUGGCAUUUACGGCUUUAUUGUUUUGCUUUGCUGUGAUUUUUUUCCUGACAGAGAAUCGCGUCACAAAUUCAGAGGCCACUGAUGAUUACUGGACGUGCACGGGACUGAAUCCCCCGGUGUCAAUGGAGGAUUAUAAUUAUGUGCAGAAUAAUUGCAGCAGUAAUUCAACAAAUUUUGCUACAAAGAACAUCAUUGACCGGUUUUUAUCAUUCGGUGCCUCGAUUUUUCAUUCAUAAACUCUGCCUUGAUCUUCAUUAGAUAGAACUGAUGAAUAAUUAUGGAAUUAAUUGCUUUCCAUUCUCUCUCGCAUCUGGUAACUUUAACGAUGACAUAAAAAGUUGCAUCUUUUGAAAAAUUCUUAAAUUAAUGAGAAAUCAACAUAAUUUUUUUAAACUAUUUGCCGAAUCCAACCCGAUGAUAGAAAUGCUUUAACGUAUUAAAUUUAGAUGAUUGCUAAUUUAAACAAGGCGAUUAGCAUAAAAAUUAAAAGGUGACAAUCGCUGUUGUUUGCUAGAACACCUAGGAAAUUAAUAAUUCCAAACUAGCGAUUCCUCUGGUGUUCCUGACUAACCGAGACGAUUACUAGAAUUAAUUCAAGCAGAUUUAAGAAGAAAUAAUUUUAAAAGCUACAUCCAUUUCUUAAACCUUAAAACUGUUGCUAAAAAGGCAAAAAGAAAUAAUAAUUGAUGCACCUGGCCUUGAUUUGACGAUAAUUUAAAAAAUACAGCCAAAAAUAGCAUUAAAUCACAGCAUGUUGAUGUUGGUGAAUAUUAUAUAAUUAGUAAGUAAGACGAAUAAAGAUACCCCGCAACCUAGCACCGCCCAUCCAACCUUUAAACACAGGUAUUUUAUGCGCAAUGAUCAGUGCAGAUGACUGGAUUUACAAAAUCAACGGCCGCAGACGAGCAUAGCUUCAGCCAGAUUAUUAUGUUUAAACAAUCGGAGGACUGAUUAGUAUGCUUGUGACUGAAUCACCUUGAUAGUGUCUAUGUCAAUGGUGGCAGAAAAGAGUAUUAUAGCUCAUUCACCAAAUUGUCGAAAUGAUUUUAAGCCUUUGCAAUAAAACAAAUCAAUAAUUGUAAAAAACUUAAAUUUACUGUGUGUUUUGCACAUUUUUUAUAAAUAAAUUAUCAGCGUGCACAUAUUAAUACAAAAAAACUAUAUUUUGUAAAAUGUCACACCUUGCUAAAUCACAUUUAAGUAAAAAGCUCACAACAAUUAUUACCAAUGAAA